AUGUGGACACGCGUGAAGGAAGUGAUGGAGAGCUCGGAGCGUGUAGGCGAGGCCAUCGCAAAAGGAACGCUAGAGCCACGGGCUUGGACAAGUCUCUCGGCUCAUUUUGGUCAGGUGCAAAAAGCAAUAGCCAAGUACGUCGGGUGUAUGAAGCUAGUUGAGUCGCUGCGCGAGUCUGGGUCGACAGAACGCGACAUGAUGCAGAAGUCGCUGUCAUUGUACAAGGAGCGCCACGGUCAUCACUUUAGAUACAUGAAGUGA